AUGAAUGUGGACCGGCGGUCAGUACUACCAGCAGCAUGCCAAGGUGGUGACUUGCAGGAAACCUCGUGCCGGCCUAAGCCUCCCUCCUUCGCGUUCUCUGACGCGUUUUCGGAACGAUUGUGGAAGUCGAUGCGACUGAGCCCCAAGACCCUGGCGUGCGAAAAGGACUUCUAUCUCAAGGCGCUUCGUGUUCCCGAAAAAGCCAGGGUUGUGUGGAAGUGCGUGCCGCCGCAAGGCUGCGUCGGGAGAACAGGAAAGAACGGCAAGGCAAAGGGCAAGGCCAAGCUGCAGGAACCUCUUGGAUCCCUUGAAUCUGUUGGAGGCAACCUUGCUGUCAGCAAAGCAAAGCCUAUGGAGCCGAGCCGCAAACGUAAAGUUCUGAGUUGCACAUCAGAGAAGGGGGCUGCAGGAAGACUGGUCUCCAGGCAGAGUGCAGCUUCAAACACCCAGCAAGUGGCAAGGGAAGCCUGUGGCCCAGAGUCCUCAGCAAACCACCACCACCCCAAGAUAAAGAGACCGACCCCUCUUGAGGAGACAUCGAAUCAGAGCAACUCCUGCCACAAGAUCAUGAGCAACAACAGUGGGGGCACUGUGGAACAUGCAUCCAGCAGAUCGGACUGGAAGAGCUCGGGUGGGAGUAUGAACAACUUGAGCACACAUGGAAGUGUUGCAGUGUCACAAAAUAGGAGCAUAUGCUUUGUGGAAGGAAACAGUGGCAAAACAUUAGAGGAGAAGGGGAUCCAGUCCAGGAGAAGCAGCUUAGAAGACCUAAGCAAGGCUGCUCAAGACGGUGAUCGUAGUGAGACCAUGACCCAGCAAUUCCAUACGAAGUUGCAGCGGCUGAUU